UGUAUUUCACAGGGUUUUUUUAUUCAUCUUUAUGGUACAGGAAACUUGCUGAUUUUGACUGCCAUGGCAUAUGACAGAUAUAUUGCUAUAUGUUGUCCUUUGAGGUAUAAUAGCAUAAUUAGUCCACGAAACUUAAUAAAAAUUAUUAUUGUAAUUUGGUCUAUAAACUUCUCAAUUAUUUUUACAUUGUUUUUGUUAGUUGCACGGUUUAAAAUAUGCAGGACAAAUAUAGUGGAUUUGUACUGUAACAAUCCAUCACUGACGAAACUGAUCUGUGAGGACACCAGAGUGAACAACUACUAUGGGAUAAUGUCUUUGUUCAUAUGCCCAGGGGGACCACUGGCAGUCAUAUUAUACACAUAUGCACGGAUAUUUUACACAUGUAUUAUGACUAAGAAUGUGGAAGCUUGGAAAAAAGCCAUUCAGACAUGUGGUACACAUUUAGUUGUUUUCUUAAUCCUAGAAAUUAAUACUACUUUUACAUUCAUUGUUCAUCGCAUCCCUGGUGCCUCCCCAUAUGUAAGACGGGCUCUUGGUGUAUCAGUUUUAAUAUUUCCCCCUUUUUUGGACCCCAUUAUAUAUGGACUGAAAACUACAGAACUAAAGCAGAGCAUGCUACUGUUCCUAAAAAGAAACCCAUGUUCAAACAAGUUGUAA